GGACGACCCAAAGCAUGAGGCUGUACUCUCUGCUCCAACACCACCAUCAAUUCCUCUUCAAUACUCUCUUCUGUACCCAACUCGCCACCCAUCUCCGCCGCACCAUGGCCACCACCGCCACCACUCCAGCUGCGCCCAUCUCUCCCUCCAACACUAGAUUGGGGUGGAUUGGAACCGGGGUAAUGGGCCAAUCAAUGUGCGCCCACCUCAUCGAAGCCGGCUACUCCCUCACCAUCUUCACCCGCACCGCCGCCAAAGCUCAACCCCUCCUCUCCAUGGGGGCCCACUGGGCUUCCUCACCCGCCACCGUCGCCUCCCAAUCGGACGUCGUUUUCUCGAUCGUUGGCUACCCUUCCGACGUCCGUCACGUCAUCCUGGACCCCUCUUCCGGUGCCCUCUCUUCCCUCCGCUCCGGCGGCAUCCUCGUCGAUAUGACCACCUCCGAUCCUUCCCUAGCCGCCGAAAUCCACUCCGCUGCCGCCUCCAAGUCCUGCUUCUCCAUUGACGCCCCCGUCUCAGGCGGCGAUCGUGGGGCCCGCAACGCCGCUCUUUCAAUCUUCGCCGGCGGCGAUGAGGGUAUAAUUUCUCGAUUGAACCCCUUAUUUACUCUUCUGGGCAAAGUUUAUUACAUGGGUGGUCCUGGAAAAGGGCAAUUUGCCAAAUUGGCCAACCAAAUUACCAUUGCUUCAACAAUGGUGGGGCUAUGUGAAGGGUUAAUUUAUGCAUACAAGGCGGGUUUGGACUUGGGUGUGUAUUUAAAUGCGAUUUCCACCGGAGCGGCAGGGUCGAAAUUGUUGGAUUUGUAUGGGAGUAGGGUUUUGAAGAGGGAUUUCGAGGCGGGUUUUUAUGUGAAUCACUUUGUGAAGGAUUUGGGGAUUUGUUUGAGGGAGUGUCAGCACAUGGGUCUGGCUUUGCCUGGGUUGGCAUUGGCUCAGCAACUUUAUCUCUCUCUCAAGGCUUAUGGGGAGGGUGAUUUGGGUACUCAAGCACUUAUUUUGGCUCUGGAAAGGAUGAACAAUGUGUCGCUCGAUUCGGCAAAUGCUUCCACAGAGCAGCCUUAGAUGGGUAAAAUCUUUAAUUUGUGACGAAACUGGAACUGUGUGUGUAUUUUCCUUAUGCGUAUUGGAUGUGUUUGGGAAUUGGGAUAAAUCAAAACAGUAUGGAUCAUAAUUUCUAAUGACAAGCCUGAGCAUACCCAUGCUUUUUCUUUUUUAAUUUUUUUUGUUGAGACUUGAACAAUAUACUAGUUGCUGGUUUGAAAAUUGUUUGUGGAAGUAUUGUUUUGAAAAUUGCUUUUUUGUUGCUUUAAAUGCAAGAAUGUAAGCAGUAAUGAAUUUAUUUCCCUGAUAUGUAAACAAAUUGUAGUUUUGAUAGGAUGUAAACAAAUCCUUAUUCUAGUUGGCUGUAGGAAACUGCACCUAUCAGUCUACAUG